CUUCCGGCGCCAUAGCUGGUUGUAAGUCAGUUACGUUGCACCAGCCUUUUUGUGUCUCUUAACACGUGAAGUGGUGAUAACCCUCAAAUGAUUAAACCUGACCAGUCAAGUCACAUUUUCGAUAACUAUUAAAAACACAAAAAAAUAAAUUAUUUCCUUUCCGCUCGUUGUCGGUCGUUGAUGUGAAGUGGUGAAUUUAGUGGACCAAGUGUUCUGUGAUCAUGUAUAGUUUCGACAAGGAUAUCUGGCACGUGAGGAGGACUUCCGAGACGCAGGAAGAGGUCGCUACUCCACAAAGAAGCGAAAGCCCUACCAGCGCAGUAGGGGCGGAGGCGCCGCGGGAGCUCCCGAACGAGUUGUCGGCGCCCUAUGAGGUGCCCCAGUUCCCCAUCGAGCAAAUCGAGAAGAAGCUUCUUAUCCAAAGGCAGCUCAAUGUCAAAGCGGCAGAAUGUGGCCAAUCGGCGCGCUCGUUCGGUGGCAGCGAGGCUGGUGGUGCGACGAGUGUGUUUGAAGAAGCGGCUCGACUCAGGGUGCCUGAUGACGACGAUGGUGACGUCAUCCUGCCGCAUUUCCAAAGGGUCGCCAUCAGUGGAGAGGAUACCUCAGGGGUACCGCUGGAAGACCUGCAACAAGCCUCCUCCUACCUGGUCCAAGCUUUGGAAAUCCGCAAGCGCUACAUGGACAUGUCCCACCAGAGCUUCUCCAGCAUCACGACGCGGUUUGUGCGCAGUAUGGAGGCAGAUGCUCCUCCCAACCAGACACCCAGCAUGAGGGUGCCUAAAAGCCACAUUGCUGACCACAUCGUCCACCCGCCGUUCAAAGACAACAAGGACCCCUGGGAGUGCCCCAUGCCGUCAGCGAAGGGCUACACGAUCAAGCAGGACCGGGGGGUGUUCAACCUGUACCGCAGUGACGGCGGGCAGGAGACGAGGGUGCCGUACGAGUACGUGGCGCUGCCGGAGUAUAUCCAGGACAAGAAUAUCAUGUGUUCAAUGAUCGCUGAUGGACCGCUGAAAUCCUUCUGCUACCGGCGUCUGAGCUACUUAUCAUCCAAGUUCCAACUGCACGUGUUGCUGAAUGAGCUUCGGGAGCUGGCCUCGCAAAAAGCUGUGCCUCACAGAGACUUCUAUAAUAUCAGAAAAGUGGACACCCACAUCCACGCAGCGUCGUGUAUGAACCAGAAACACUUGCUGCGUUUCAUCAAGAAGACGCUCAAGAAUCAUGCAGAUGAGGUGGUGACGCUCCACAAAGGCACUCCGAUGACUUUGAAGGCGGUGUUCCAAUCGAUGAACCUCAGCACAUACGAUCUCACUGUGGAUAUGCUUGACGUACAUGCAGACCGCAACACCUUCCAUCGCUUCGACAAAUUCAACGCCAAAUACAAUCCUAUCGGCGAGAGCAGGCUGCGGGAAGUGUUCCUCAAGACGGACAACUAUAUGAACGGGAAGUAUUUCGCUAGGAUUAUCAAGGAAGUGGCUUCAGACUUAGAAGAGAGCAAGUAUCAAAACGCUGAGCUACGCCUGUCCAUUUACGGCAAGAGCUCGACAGAGUGGGCCAAGCUGGCCAAAUGGGCCAUACAGUACAAUGUGCAUUCGAACAACGUGCGCUGGCUCAUACAGAUCCCUAGGCUAUAUGACAUCUUUAAGUCCAACAAGAUAAUGAACAACUUCCAGGAGUUUCUGAACAACAUCUUCAAGCCGCUUUUCGAGGUCACCAACGAUCCCAACAGUAACCUCGAGCUACACAAGUUCCUUACUCACGUGGUAGGGUUCGACAGCGUGGACGACGAGUCCAAGCCGGAGAACCCGAUGCUGGACCCGGACGUGAAGGUCCCGCAGGAGUGGGACGACGAGGAGAACCCCCCCUACGCGUACUACCUCUACUACAUGUACGCGAACAUGACCGUGCUGAAUCACUUCCGCAAGGAACAAGGGCUGAACACGUUCGUGCUGCGCCCUCACUGCGGCGAGGCGGGCCCCGUGCAGCACCUGGUCAGCGGAUUCAUGCUGGCCGAGAACAUCUCUCACGGUUUGCUGCUGAGGAAGGUUCCAGUCCUCCAAUAUCUGUACUAUUUAGCGCAGAUCUACAUCGCGAUGUCUCCUCUCAGCAACAACUCCCUCUUCCUCAACUACCACCGCAAUCCUCUGCCGGAGUUCCUCGCUAGGGGGCUCUGUAUCACACUCAGUACUGAUGACCCGCUGCAGUUCCACUUCACCAAGGAGCCGCUGAUGGAGGAGUAUAGCAUCGCAGCUCAGGUGUGGAAGCUGAGCUCAUGUGACAUGUGUGAGCUGGCGAGGAACUCUGUACUCAUGUCUGGAUUCCCACAUGAAAUGAAACAGUACUGGCUAGGACCUCAUUACAUGAAGGAAGGCAUUGCUGGGAACGACAUCACACGCACAAAUGUCCCAGACAUUCGUAUCUCCUUCAGAUACGAAGCCUUGCUCGACGAGCUCACCAACAUCUUCAAGGAUGGAAUGUCAGCUCGGAGAUAAAUACGAGAAAAAUAAUUCGGAAGACCCAAAAAUAAUAUAGAUUUGAUUUGAAAUGUAAUUUUACUAUUAUAUAAACAAAUGUAUCAUUUUUUUUAUUGGACACAUAUUUUGUCCCAAAGAAAUAAUUAUAUUUAUAAGAUUUAGAUGUAACUAUCCCGAUUGUGAUAAUCAUGUGAAGAUAAAUAAUAUUGAAAGUGCCAUUUCCUUGACUGCUAAUGACUUAUACUGUCUUUGCUCCUCGAAUAGGCCUUGAAUAUUUUUUUUUUAUAUUAACUAACCACGUUUUACCUUUAACUAUUGAGUAGGUGCUAUAUAAGUUAAAGCUAUUUACUUCAAUAUAAUAUUUAGCAAUAGAAAGCCCCAUUUUUUCAAUCAGAUUCUUACCGAUUUCCUAACUUUGUAAAUUAGUAUAAGUAACCUUGUUUGUAAUAUUUAUUUAUAUUUAAACAAGAAGUCCCACUCCUAGCAUCGAUUUAUAUCACGCGAAUCCCCUAAAUGAUUAAUCCCACAAACAUUAUGUCUCGUAGUUGAAAGUCUGUCAGUUUUUUGGGAAUGGAUUAAUAUUGAUGUUGGUUGGUGUUUAAUGCUUAAGUUGUGAUUGUUUAACAUAAUUGUAUGUCUAUAUGUGUGUUUAAGUACUUAGUAAAUGUGUCAUUUGUUUGUAACAUAUUCAACAUCUGUGGGACAUAAGAUGAAAAGUACUGUGUUAUGUCUAGCUUAUACAGCUUAUAUAUUACCUAAUUUAAUUUUCAUUUUGGAAACUUAUUUAAAAUCAGUUUUAACUUUUAGUUUACUGUUUUUAACCUUUUUUUUACUUUGUAAGAGUUCUUUACUAUAAGCUUAAACUUGACAAUCAAUUUUAGUUUAUAUACAAUGUUUAUACAGAUGAUGCUACGUAUAUCUAUUUAAUAUGAAAUAAACACAAAUGUUAUCAUGUUGUUGAAAAUAAAAAUUAAUUGCUGGUGCA